CUCCAAGAUGGCAGCCCCCAUAGCGAGGCGCUGGUUUCUUCUGGCGCGGAGAGUGCCUCUGCCUCCAAUCUCCCUGGCAGGUAAAAGAUGCCUCCUUUCUGCAGCAUAUGUGGACAGCCACAAAUGGGAAGCAAGAGAAAAAGAACAUUGUCACCUUGCUGAUCUAGCAUCUUUAAUGGAUAAAACAUAUGAGAGAAAGCUGCCUGUUAGUUCUUUAACAAUAUCACGGUUUGUGGACAACAUUUCAUCUAGAGAAGAGAUAGACCAUGCAGAGUAUUACCUUUACAAAUUUCGACACAGCCCCAAUUGUUGGUACCUGAGAGACUGGACUAUCCACACCUGGAUUAGGCAGUGUUUAAAAUACGGUGCACAAGACAAAGCCUUAUAUACUCUUGUAAAUAAGGUCCAAUAUGGAAUUUUUCCAGAUAACUUUACAUUCAAUUUACUGAUGGAUUCUUUCAUAACAAAAGAAAAUUACAAAGAUGCUUUAUCCGUGGUUUUCGAGAUCAUGCUGCAAGAAGCCUUUGAAGUGCCUUCUACUCAGCUUCUGUCCCUCUAUGUUUUAUACCAUUGCCUGGCCAAGAAGACAGACUUCAGUUGGGAAGAGGAGAGGAAUUUUGGUGCAUCGCUAUUACUCCCAGGCCUAAAGCAAAAGAACUCAGUGGGGUUGAGUUCCCAGUUGUAUGGCUAUGCACUUCUUGGGAAGGUGGAGUUGCAGCGAGGACUCCGGGCUGUGUACCAUAACAUGCCUCUGCUGUGGCAACCCGGCUACCUCAACAGAGCCCUUCAAGUGAUGGAGAAGGUGGCCUCGUCCCCGGAGGACGGGAAGCUGUGUGCAGAAGCGCUGGAUGUGCUAGACAGAACGCUGAAGGCUGUGACUGCUCCAGCCUGUGGGUCUUCAGAGGCACAGCCCCAAGAAGAAGACGGCCAGGGCUCAGAAGAACUGGUGGAGCAGUUGGACGUGGAGGAAACUGAACAGUCCAAGCUUCCCCAAUACCUGGAACGAUUUAAGGACUUACAUUCUAAGCUUGAGGCUUUGGGCAAAGUUGAAUCAGAAAGUCCUUUGACUCUGACCAUCCAGCUCGUCAAGGAACAGCUCCCCACCUUUGAAGCAGAGGAUAUCGCAUCCUAUGAGCAGAAGCUGCAGCAAUGGCAUCUGGAACGGGUACACUUGAUUCAGAGGGAACAGGAGCAGAGGGAGAAGGCAAAGCAGGAGCAUGAGGCCCGGAGGGCAGCAAAGGCAUCUGCCUAACAGGCCCUCAGGCCCCCAGACCCCACAGAGGAACUU